AUUAUUGCUGAAGUAAUAAUAAUAAGAUAUUUAGCGUUAGUGAAAAAAAAAAAAGGAGUGAAAUAAAUAAUAAUAAUAAUUUUCUCUACGGUAGUAGUAGUACUGUUGCCAAAACCUAUUAGUUUUAGUUAUUGUGCGAUAUUUUUGUCGACAAACAAUAGAAUUCGGUACCGUGUUUUUGUUUGAGUAACUUAAUCGUUUUUCAAUUUGUAUUCAGAAAGAAUUAGGAAUGUCCGACGGAGACGUGAUCAAAGACGGCGUGGACAAGUUGGCGAUUCAUGACGACGACGAAAUCGAAUCCAAUUACAAACCACCGCCAGAAAAAUCUAUUGAAGAGCUUUUAAAUGCCGAUAAAGAGGAUGCGAGUUUGCAGAAAUACAAGGAAAAAUUACUGGGCGAAGCUAACAGUGGAAAAAUCAUUUUUGAUGAAAAUAAUCCAAAUAAAGUGAUUGUCAAGAAAUUAGCUUUAUGUGUUGCUGAUAGACCAGACAUGGAACUUGAUUUGUCUGGAGAUUUAACAAAUUUAAAAAAACAGGUGUUCAUUAUAAAAGAAGGAAUAUCAUACAAAAUUAGAAUAGAUUUUAUAGUACAAAGAGAAAUUGUUCAUGGUCUCAAGUAUGUUCAAAAGACUUAUCGUCUCGGUGUACCAGUGGACAAAAUGACUCAUAUGGUUGGAUCAUAUCCACCUAAGAUGGAAAUACAGAGUUAUACAACACCAGCUGAAGAUGCUCCUAGUGGCAUGAUGGCACGCGGCUCUUACACGGUUCAUUCUCUAUUUACGGAUGAUGACAAAAAAGAACAUUUAAAAUGGGAAUGGGUAUUUGAGAUUAAAAAAGACUGGAAGGAUAAUUAAUUUACAGGGAAUUUGAAACAUCAGUCAUAAAUUUAUAACAAUUUAAUUACACACCCAAAUGAUAU